AUGUUCGGCUGGGGUGAAUCCAACGACGCCUACCAACAGGUCUACAACGACGACCACCAGAGCUCCAUCUCUCACGAGCUCCUUGCUGGUGGUGCCUCGUUCGCUGCCAUGCACGCCUUCGAGGAGAGACAGCGCAAGGAGGGCAAGCCCGUCAACCACGAGUUCGCCAAGGAGCUUCUCGCUUCGUUCGCCGGCGCUGAGGUCGACAAGCUCUGCGAGACCAAGGGUCUUGACUACGUCGACAGAGAGAAGGCCAAGCACCAGGCCAAGAAGAACGCUGAGCACCUCUACGAGCAGCAGUACGGCCAGUACGACCAGUACGACCCCAACCAGAUGGGUCCCCCCGACCAGCUCCAGCAGCGGUUCGGUGGUUACAACUACUAA